AUGCCAUCUGGCGCUGGUCUUGCGUGGGAUUGCAUCGACACAUGCAUUGACCUAAUACGCAACACGCAAUACGCAGGCUUGCAGGCGACGCCUCCAGGAGCACGUGCAGCUCCUCAUGGUGAGAUGACAUCAAACGUCGCACAAGAAAAGGGUACAUUCUAG